CGAGGGGCAGUUGAGACCAGGCUCUAGCUGGGUUGUUACAUCUGCUCUGUUUUAAUUUGUUUGGAUUCAGCCAUUAGUUUUCUGGGGUGGAAAGACAGACACAACAGAACUGUAGCAGAGAGGCUGAGGGGCUUGGAUUCAUGUGUGGAAAGGCGAAGUCUAGGAAGCAACGGAGACAAUGCUGAGAGGGCAGCUAUAUGUUAUGACUAGAGUUGAAUGAAUAAUUUGUAACGGAUAAAGUAUUCUGUACAUUUUGCCUCUUUCUGUUCACAGAUUGAUGCGGAACUGAGGCACAAACAAUUUAAAUAAUUUCCCUGAACUUAUGCAGGAAGUCUGUGGUGGAGAAAGUCAUUGAACCAAGGCCUUUGAAGUCCCUGCAUAAUGACCUAACUACCGGACCACCCAUCCUCUCUACUUCAAACAGGCUACUGCCCCUGACAUUAUGUCUUCACAGAAAGGCUGUUUAAGGAGCUGACUCUGUGCGUGACAAUCAGGGUUAUUGAAUCAGGGUUAUUCUCCUAUUUCAACUCCUGGCAGGACUGGUUGGUGAUUCUGAGGAUCCCAGGGGGAUAUUUCAAUCUUAUAGAUUCCUAAAUCCAUUUCAGUGGUUGGAAUAAUGGAUUCCCUAAUGGAUGUGGACAAUGAAAAGGAUGACACCCAAGAUGCACCUCAGUCCCUGGGAAGCUUUCUGAGUCAGGAUAGGUUUGCUGCUCUGAUGAGUGAUGUGAGUUAGGAGUGGUCCCUUUAGUGUAACAUUCUGUGACAUCCAGAGGCUACUGAAUGGCUGAGGCUGCCAUCAGUGUCCAGAAAAUGAACUGGGAUAGAAGCUAUCUUUCCCAUUUCUCUUUUUUUGCACGUGGAUUCGAUGCUGGUAAAGGUGCUGGCUGACAGCUCUAUAGGUCGUUUACACACACGGCAAUUAUGGCACAACAUCUGCAACAUUGCAAGAUUUGAUUCACACAUAUUGUGUGCUGCCAUUGCAUUUCACCCCUGUUCUGGAGGGCUCUUUCAGAGUUUGGGCUCUCUGCUGUACCUGCCAGCAAGGGGGGGUCAGGUGACUAGUUCCAGUUUUUUGUGAUGUUGACCCCUGUUGACUUGCAAUUGGACUGAAACCCAUCAAACUAAUUCCCAACAGAGGCCACCAAAUGGUUAUUAGAUCUGAAUGACUGUUGGCUCCUCGUCAGUUCAUUUGCCCUGAGAUAAGGUUUAAAGCAGAUGUAUCUCGACCAGCAGUUCUGUGAUGCUACACUGGUGGUUGAAGGAAGGAGGUUUCCUUGUCACAGGGUGCUGUUGGCCUCAGUCAGCCCAUACUUCCGGGUCAUGUUCACCAGCUCCUUCAAAGAGUCCCAGGAUGGGGAAGUUUUGCUCAAGGCUAUAGCCCCCUCCAUCAUCCAAAGCAUGCUGAAUUAUCUCUAUUUAGAGGAGAUAUCACUUACUGCAGAGACUGCUGAAGAGUUGUUUAUCGCAUCCUGUAGGCUCCAGAUCCUCCCACUAGAGGAGAUCAUUAGCAGAUUCUUUGUGAAGAAUAUUUCCAUGGAGAACUGCCUUGGGAUUUAUGCACUGGCAUAUAACCACAACCACAAAGAUCUGCUUCAUGCAGCAAUGCACCACAUCGGCUUGAAUUUUGGGUCCAUCUCUGAGGACUAUGAUUUCAUGUGUCUAGACCUCAGCACUUUGACUAGCAUCAUCUCCUCGGACAAGCUUGUAGUGGCCUCUGAAUUGGUUGUCUACCAGGCUGUGCAACACUGGGUGAGGUUUAAACCAGACAAGCGCCUCCCAUUGCUUUCUAUGCUCAUGAGGCACAUACGCCUUCCUUUCCUGACCCAUGAAGCACUUGCAGAGAUCCAGGCAGACUCAGAACUUUAUGGGGAUGUUCAGAUGUGGUGGAAACAACUGGUUGGAGAAGAAAGGCUGUGGGAGAGUGAGGGACUGAGGCAGGGUAUAUAUGAUGAGUGUAUUGUGUGCAUGGAGCUGCACAGGUACAGGAUUCAACAUGUGGAGAAUGACUAUUCAGAGUUUGACAUUGAUUCUGACUUGCUUUCUGGAAUGGAUUGUUUUGAUCCUUAUACAGGAAGGUGGGAAAAGCUGCCAGGUUUGAAAUGCCUGCGACAUCCUGCCAGCACAGCUGUGGAGCACAAGCUUUACCUGUCUGGAGGCAAACACCGAGAUGGCUCUUGUUCAGACACUCUUUAUGAAUACAGUUCUUUUACUGGCCAAUGGAUACAGCUCCCCUCCAUGUCUAUGCCCCGGGAUUCACAUGGCUUUCUAGCCUGUAACCUGAAGCUGUAUGCUCUUGUGGGACGAAAUGACAGACAUGGACUCACUUCUGCUGAGAGCUUUGACUUGGUGCAGAAGGCAUGGACUCCCAUCUCCAACUUGCCAUUUCGGCUGAUAUAUUUUGCUUCCACAGUGUUGAAGAAUAAGUUGUACCCAAUAGGUGGAGAAGCUUUGGCAGUAGUACCUAAGCUAGUUUAUAGCGGCAUUCUGAUCUAUGACAUUACCUUAGAUAUGUGGACUCAGAUGCCUCUGGAUUUUAAGUCCUAUGAAACAUCUGCUAUCUCUAUGAAUAAUGGGAUCUGUGUUAUUGGUGGAUUCUAUGAAGAAAAAGGUAGACAGCUGACUCCAAGAGGCACUACAGAAGUCUCCUUUCUGUCCAGUAGAAAAUGUUUCUUCCUCAACGAAGAUGGCAAAGUGAGCCAGGAAGUUGUUAUUCCAGAAUUACCAGAAAUAUUUGCCUUUGCUGGUGUGGUUUGUUGGCAGAGGAGAAUCUACUUGAUGGGUGGUGUAAAUUGUUAUCGAUUAUGCAACAGGAUUUUCUACUGGGAACCAGGUGAUUCCAGCUGGACUGAGUGCCAGGAACAUGUCCCCAGUAUAAAGGGGUUUAUCAGAAUAUUUAAAUGUGUGACACUGAAGAUACCAAAAAAUACACUCUGCCCCUUCUCCAAGAAAUAUCUGUAACCCCUACUACCAUCAGAGUUACAGAUUGCUGCUUUUCAGACACUUGCUAGUGCCUGACCCCUUCACAGUGCAACUAGCAUUGAAAUAUCCCCUCCAGAAGAACUCUCUCUGUACCAAAACAUCAGUUUACUUCACUCAUGCUCACCUGGAAAUCAGUAGUAGUUUUAAGAUUGACUUCAAUGAAAUCAGAAUAUGUUCCACAGGAUUCCAUUGAAUUCAAAUAGGCUGCAUUUGAGAAAAUUCUUGGUUCACACAAGGAGCUAGUUUAAAUUCAGUCUCAGCAUCACUUGGCUUAAAAUCAUUUUAACACCGCUAGACAUCAGUUAAAGGGCAC